UCUCUCCCUACCACAAGAAAACAACGUUUCUCUCCCUGAUUUGUUUCUGAACUUCGAUUCUUCCACUCGGAGAUGAUCGUUUUAUCCAUUCGCACACUUCAGUUCUCCAAUCUAGGGCUUCUACACAUUCUAAUAAUUUGAACCCUUUGAUUUCACAAUACCAAAUUCAGACACUGUUACAGAAAUGCAAAGCGCCAGUAGUUCUGGUGCGCAACCUGAAGCCAUCUUGGAGUGGCUUCAGAAGGAAAUGGGGUAUCGCCCUCAAGGUCCAUACUACUCGUCCAACAAGGCAAUGAUACUCUCAGUUGAUACUGUCCGGAAGAUUUACCGUGGCAAUAUGGUUCCCGUGUGGAGUUUCUUGUUGCAGAGAGUUAAAUCGGAGAAGACAGUGGAGAAGAUUCGGCGGAACAUACUUGUUCACGGCAGCAGCAGUGAUGGUGGUUUGGUGGAUUCGGCGAAGCUCAAUGAAGAGGGGAAGAGUAAGGGGAGGAGGAAGGAGAAGGAGAAGGUGAAAUUAGGGCUUGAUAGAGGGUUGGGUUCGGAUAGUUCUUCAGAGAGUAGGGAGAUUGCCCUGAGAGAGAGGGAAUUGGCAGAGAAGGAGGUAGAGAGAUUGAGGCAUAUUGUUCGGAGGCAGCGGAAGGAGUUGAGGGCACGGAUGCUGGAUCUCUCUAGGGAGGAAGCUGAGCGCAAGAGGAUGCUUGAUGAGAGGUCAAAUUGCAGGCACAAACAAGUAAUGUUGGAGGCUUAUGAUCAACAGUGUGAUGAAGCUACUAGAAUUUUUGCAGAGUAUCAGAAACGUCUUCAAUACUACAUUAAUCAAGCAAGAGAUGCUCAGAGGUCUAGUGUUAACUCAGCUGCUGAUGCAGUUGAUGAUCUCCAUUUGAAUGGCGACAAAGAGGCCGUGUACUCAACCGUUAAGGGAAAUAAAUCGUUGGAUGAUGUCUUUAUUGAAACAACUUGGGAAAGGGAUGUCCGGAAGGCGUGUGAAUCUCUUGCAGCUCAUAUGAUUGAAAAAAUAUGCAGUGCUUUCCCAGCUUAUGAAGGGAGUGGCAUUCAUUUGAACCCUCAGUUGGAAGUUGCCAAGUUAAGCAUAGAUUUUGAUGGGGAAAUCCCUGAUGAUGUUAAGGCUGUUGUUUUAAAUUGCCUCAAGAAUCCUCCUCAACUGCUUCAGGCAAUUACUACUUACACUUUACAUCUGAAAACGCUGGUUAGUAGAGAAACAGAGAAGAUUGACAUCAGAGCUGAUGCCGAACUCUUAAGAUAUAAGUUUGAGAACAAUAGAGUGACAGAUGCUUCUUCUCCUGAUGCUAAUUUACCUCUACAAUACCAAUUGUAUGAUCAUGGGAAGAUGGGAAGUGACAUCUCCACCAAAGGGACUCAUAGUCAGCUUCUUGAAAGACAGAAAGCACAUGUCCAACAGUUUGUGGCUACUGAAGAUGCACUCAACAAAGCUGCAGAGGCUCGGAACUUAUGUCAAAAGUUCAUAAAAUGUUUGCAUGGAAGCAAUGAUGCAGCUUUAACACAUGCACUUGCUGCUCGAGGGACAUCACAAAGUGUGGCAAGUCCCAGGCAGUUUGAGUUGGAGGUUUGGGCCAAGGAGAGGGAGGCAGCUGGAUUGAGGGCUAGUUUAAAUACUCUGACAUCUGAAGUACUACGCUUGAAUAAAUUGUGCGCAGAAUGGAAUGAGGCUGAAGAUUCGUUGAGGAAGAAGUGGAAAAAAAUUGAUGAGUUUGAUGCACGCCGAUCAGAGCUAGAAUCCAUCUAUACUGCUCUACUGAGGGCUAACAUGGAUGCUGCUGCCUUCUGGAAUCAGCAAUCAUUAGCUGCACGGGAGUAUGCAUCGAGCACCAUUAUACCAGCUUGCUCAGUUGUUGUAGAGAUAGCAAACAGUGCAAAGGAUCUUAUUGAAAAAGAAGUGUCUGCUUUCUAUCAAGGUCUGGACAAUAGCCUUUACAUGCUGCCAUCAACUCCACAGGCCCUUUUGGAGUCCAUGGGUGCUAGUGGAUCUACAGCACCUGAAGCAGUUGCCAUUGCAGAAAAAAAUGCCUCAUUAUUGACUGCUAGAGUUGGAGUGGGUGAUCCAUCAGCAAUUCCCUCUAUCUGCCGCAUUGCAGCUGCCCUUCAACAUUAUGCAGGUUUGGAAGGUUCCGAUGCUGGAUUAGCUUCAGUUUUGGAGUCCUUAGAAUUCUGUUUGAAGCUCCGGGGUUCUGAGGCCAGUGUGCUUGACGAAUUGUCCAAGGCAAUUAAUUUGGUACAAAGACGCAGGGAUCUUGUUGACAGUGGCCAUACAUUGUUAAACCAUGCAAGUAGAGCACAACAAGAAUAUGAAAGGACGACAACUUACUGUCUGAAUUUGGCUGCUGAGCAAGAAAAUACCAUAAUGGAGAAAUGGUUGCCUGAACUUAAGACAGCUGUUGUAAAUGCUCAGACAUGUCUAGAAGACUGCAAACGCGUGAGGGGUCUGGUAGAUGAGUGGUGGGAGCAACCAGCUGCUACCGUCAUUGACUGGGUAACUGUUGAUGGGCAAAAUGUGUCUGCUUGGCUCAAUCGUGUUAAGCAACUUCAGAUGGCCUUUUAUGAUAAGGAGCUCUUAUGACUGUAAGCUUUGGUACUCCUAGCCAUGUGCUUUGUCCAUUUCCAUGCCAAGUUGGAAGAUUAUGUUCCUGGGAGUCUUGUUUGAAGCAAUCUGGCAAGCGCAUGAUACACGUGGGGACAUGUGCCUCUGCCGCAUGGUGAUAGAGCAUCAUUCUGAUGAACUGUGUGAUGUCCGUGGUUAAAUCUUUCAUCAAAGGCGUUUCUUUAGUUACACGUGUGUUUGCCUUCACUGUUGCAGACUGAGGUAAGGCUCAAUGAAUUGGGUCAAAAGGAUUGGGGUCUCCAUUAGUUCAAUGUAGUGGCUAGCUAACCUCAUUCUUUCUUCUUUGCCUCUCCACUGUAUGAUAUUGAGAGAAGUCAUUCCUAUUUUGUACCAUAGCAUAGUGUGUGUGAUGCGGUUUUGGGAUAUAGUGUUGGUUUCUUGUUAAUAAUGUUGCCUUUUAAGCUGAUUAAAUCUAGAGAAAUAUUUUUGUUUGGGUUCU